ACUCGUAAUGUGUGGCCAGUGAGCGAGAAGGUAUCCAAGGAUGAACAGCAGUACCACCACCAGCCACUAGUAGACAUGGAGGUGUACCCUGGCAGUCCUCGCAAGUUGACCAAGGAGCCAGGGGAUCUCCAGCUGUCUCUUCCACCUGACCCCGGCACCACAAGAGUCUGCGUGAUCACCAGUGUGGUGGUAGACACUCCCAGUGUAGUCGUGUGCAGCGUGGAUGUGGAGCCGUGUACCGUCCUCAACAAGUCCAUCGUCAGCUCCGAAGUUGCUAGUAAUCCUUUGCCGAUAAAGGCAGAGGAAGAGUGCCCUGCAGAGCGACAGGAAGAGGACAAGAGUGACGUGGAAGAGACUGAGACCGAGACAGACGCAGACGUAAUGGACAGGAUAUGUCACGAUUUAGACUAUCUCUUGGGGGGUGUGAAAAAUUCAAGAGACGAUGCCGCAAUUCCGAACAUUCUGAUACAACAUACCAGCUUAUAGCCCCGGUCUUAACAGUCUACCAGUGUCUGUGUACAGCUGUAUAUACAUUCUGAUACAACAUACCAGCUUAUAGCCCCGGUCUUCACAGUCUACCAUUGUCUGUGUACAGCUGUAUAUACAUUCUGAUACAACAUACCAGCUUAUAGCCCCGGUCUUAACAGUCUACCAUUGUCUGUGUACAGCUGUAUAUACAUUUUGUACAAUAUUAAUGUCAUCACAAUGUUAUUUGUUACGAGUAUAAUUUCAGCAUAAAGUACACGCUCAAACCCGUUAUAGUGUAUGUUUACAGUUUUAUAUUUUAGUGUUUUCUAUAAAUAAUGUUUCUUUUUGUUUAUUUAAGUUAUACAUACACCGUAUUAU